AUGGCAGGCUUGUUGCCUUUCCCACCUGACUGGGCCACGUCCACCGAGAAGACCCGUGUGUUUCAGGAGGCGAUGGCGAUUAUAUUCGAGCCGCUGUUGAGAGAGCACCGAGGUUCCGAGCUGAAGUUCAUAUACGUGACAGAUGCACAAGGCCAAGUGGUGAAGGCCUUCCCAUGCUUGUUUGCAGAGGUGGGGGACUACCCUGAGUCGUCCAGGUGCACGGCGACAAUGCAGCAGGGUUCCCACAGGCCGUGCAGCUCGUGCUACAUCAAGAAGACCAGUCUGGCAGACCUGAAGACGGAGACGACUGUCCGGGCGGUGGAACUGCACCGGAAGGUGGUGUCGUGGAUGCAGAACGCAUCCACGAAGGACGAGGCUGACAAGAUCAGGAGUCGAUGGUCGACACACCCCGUGCAGACGGUACUGGAGAGGUGGAAUUUCUCGGAGACAACCUGGGGGAACGUGUUUCUUGCUUGCGUGGCGGACGUGCUGCAUGUGUUGGACGGGGGGUUCCUUGGACACAUGGUGGACGAGUUCAUUUCUCCACUCAGCAAGCCCGAGAGGGGGGAACUGGAGAGGCGAAAGAAGGAGCAGAAGAAGGAAACUCGCACCACGGUGGUCAGGAUCCCGGGUGGUAGUUCUUGGUUCAAGUCACGGGCUAACUACGCGGCGUUCGAGAACAGGGGCAUGAUGCAGGUCAUGCUGAUACUCAUUGCGGACAACAUGGAUGGGUGCGAGCCUGAUGUGAAGGAGCAGCGGUUCAAGGAGGUGAGGGCGUUCAGGAGGUACGCGGUGUUCUACAAGUCGCUGCUCGGCGUGAACAAGCACACCGAGAGGACACUCAGCGACGUGCGGCAGAAUGCGUACUUGAUGAUGGACGCAGUGCAGGAGGCCUUUCAGUCGCAAGCGUCCGUGUGGAACUUACCGAAGGUGCACCAGAUAGUUCAUCUCAUUGACGGCAUCAUGCUCCGCGGGAUGCCGUACGAGUACUCAACGAAUCUGUGGGAGCACACUCACAAGGGCACUGUGAAGGUCCCCGUGCGCGGUAGCAACUGGAAGGACAUACCCCGACGCAUCGUGGAAGAGGAGGUGCAGCGGGAGAUCACACGUGAGGUGGCGGCCCUCGCAGGGGGAGGAAGGCAGUACGUCAGUGCGCUGCGUGAGACGUAUGUCCUGACGCGGAAGUCGAGGAAUGCGGACGUUAACGACGGGGAGGACGCAGUGCUGUGGGCGUACAAGGAGGCGCUGGGAUCAGACAUGAAGGAGCUUGGCAGGUGCCUGGCUGUUGCUGGAGUGACGAACACGGGCAUCAAGGUCCACACGGCGGUGGCCAUUCCGCGGACACGUGGUGGGGAGCUCAUCGCAAAAGGCACGUUUGUGAAGGCCAGCCCGUCCGAGAAGUGGUUUUCGGACGUCGCAGUCAAGGCGAAGAAGGACAAGGAGGAGUGGUACGCACGAUGCAUGUGCGUGUUCCGCGCGACUGACGAGGAGGGGACGGAGGGGAGGUACGCCUAUGUGAAGUACUAUGAGGCGGCGGGCUUGUGCCCCAUGACAACAUGCGUGCAGCUAAUCCCUGGAAGGGUUGCCACACGCUACUCUGUGGUGGAUGUGGAGUGCAUUAAGCGAGUGGUGCAUGUGUGCAAGUCGUAUGUGAACAGGAAGGUCCUGCUUCUGAACAAGUUUCUGCUGUGUGAGUAG